CAUUGUUGGUAUGCAUACCUUUUCCUCCCGUUUCUCUGCCUGUCCCUCCUUGAAGACAAGAAUCAGAGAGCAUGGCAGCCACACUCAGCCUCCUGAAAUCCCCCUUAUUACCCCAAAAGCCUCACCUUCUACAAUCUAAACUCCCCCUCCUUUCUAACCCCACAAAGCAAUUUAUCUGCAACGAGUCUUUUAACCCUCCAAAACUCUUCGCUGAGACUGUUCAUCACCUAAAAUCAGCUUCUCUUCCCCUUACAACACUCGCAUUUCCCUUCUUAUUUGACGCCAAGGAUGCUCUUGCUGUUGGUGGAGAGUUUGGGAUUUUGGAGGGUAGAAGUUUUGCACUUGUACACCCCAUUGUCAUGGGUGGUCUCUUCUUUUACACUUUGUGGGCUGGGUAUUUGGGUUGGCAAUGGAGGCGAGUGAGGACCAUCCAGAAUGAGAUUAAUGAACUCAAGAAACAAGUGAAGCCCACUCCUGUUACCCCUGAAGGGAAACCAGUGGAAGCAGCUCCAUCUCCCGUGGAACUCGAAAUUCAGAAACUCUCUGAGGAGAGGAAGGAGUUGCUAAAAGGGUCUUACAGGGAUAGACACUUCAAUGCUGGAUCAAUACUGCUAGGGUUUGGGGUUCUUGAGUCUGUUGGUGGAGGUGUCAACACAUGGUUUAGGACAGGAAAGCUUUUCCCAGGUCCCCAUUUAUUUGCUGGAGCAGCCAUUACAGUGUUGUGGGCUGCAGCCGCGGCCCUAGUACCUGCUAUGCAGAAAGGGAGUGAGACUGCCAGGAGCCUUCACAUUGCCUUGAAUGCAGUUAAUGUUAUACUUUUUAUUUGGCAAAUCCCCACAGGUAUAGAUAUAGUUUUCAAAGUUUUUCAGUUCACUAACUGGCCUUGAUCUUGAACUACAGAACUUGCAAGAAUUACCUCUCUUGCCUGCGACUUUGUAAAUUUUAUCUGCUUAGGGGUAUGUAUCAUCAAAACUUGCCAAUCAGGCGUAUGAUGAAUUAAGUCAAAGCAGUUAUGUUUCUUGUGCUUCAA